CACAAUCGCAUCCAUAACUCUCAUAGAUAGACUUUCGCUUCACCCAGAAGAUACACAGAGGAUCAGAAUGUCGGCAACUACUUCAACUGUCUCCAACUUCGUCUCCGCUCUUGCGGCUCGGCGAUCCAUCUACCCUCUCAGCAAGGGGGCUGUGAUCCCGGAUGAGAAGCUCAUCCCGCUGGUUCAGGAGAUUGUCAAGCAGUCGCCUUCGAGCUUCAACUCUCAGUCCUCCAGAGUGGUCUUCCUCCUUGGCAAGGACCACGACGAGUACUGGAACAAGAUCGUAUACGACGCGGUCAAGGGUGUCUCCCCACCGGACCAGUUCGAGGGAGCUGCCAAGCGAUUGGCAGGCUUCGCUGGUGCGCGUCUCACCAUCCUCUUCUACGAGUCCGAGACGACGGUGCAAGAGUUCCAGAAGAAAUUCGCCAUCUACGCUGACCGUUUCCCUCAGUGGAGCGAGCACGCCAGCGGCAUGGCCCAGAUCAAUGUCUGGACUGCCUUGGCCAACGAGGGCUUUGGAUGCAACUUGCAGCACUACGGCAACCUCACCGAGGAGACCAUUGCUAGCAAGUGGAAUUUGCCCAAGGACUGGAAGCUCAAGGCGGAGCUCGUCGUUGGAGAGAAGGCCGGUGAGGCGGGUGAGAAGGGGUUCAUGGACGACUCUGAGCGCUUCAAGGUCUUUGGCGCCUAAGAGUGAGAGGUGCUGCAGAGUGUCUAUGAAUGAUACCCCACUUGCGGUCUGCCUCAGUGCGUGGUAGAUGUCGAACUAUACAGCUCAAUACAACCUUUUUCGUGAUCCAC